AUGGCCUAUCAAAUCGGGACGACUGACGAUGCUGCGCCGAGGAAUCGCGCCUGUGACUUUUGCUUCGAAAAGAAGACUACAUCGACUUGGAGAAACCCUCCAUUGUCAAGAAUAACACCCCGCAACUCACAAACUACUCCUCGCCAAGUCUUGGAAGGCCACUCUGAAAUUCACCAAGAACGCUCAGAGCCAAGAAUUGACGGCGAGGAAAAUAAACCGGAGGGAGCUCCUGCUUCCCAGAACAGCAAGCAAAAGUCAACAUGUUCUUCCACCACUGAAACCGGGCCAGCUGCUGCACAAGCUCAUAGUCAUAUUGGAUCGGAGUUGGAGUCACGCAUGGGGCUAGAUGCAGGAAAACGAGAAGUUCUCAGAGCAGCUUUAGCGUUUGCAAACCAGGCGUCUCAGCAACCAAGCGUUGGGGCAUUUGAAGAGGACACUGGAGAAUCUUUUGAUGUCUUUAGCGAAACAUCUUACCCGACAGCCGAGAGUCUUUAUCUGAUACUCUCUAGUAAUGUUGGCCAGGCUUUCACUAUGGACAUCGGGUCUGUCAUUUCCGAAGAGAUACUAGAACGUCAAGCUCUUGGACUGAUUGAACAGUCUGUCAAUGGUGCGGCACGUGUUCACUACAUCGUGAACGUCAACUUCUUUGUCUGGAUGUAUUUGGGAGCUUCCAGCUUUCAAACCACAGGCUCUGUAAUGGCACAGCAUCUUAUAUUGAGACGACAGAAGUAUGAGAAGAACUUACGGGCAGUCUUAUGCCGCAUAGGCGUUCUAGACCAGCCAAGCUUGCCACUGCUUCAAGCCCUGCUGUCCGGUGCCAUGUUUAUGUUACUCUCGGGGAAAUUGGAGAUGUGCUGGCAGCUGAGUGCAUCAGCAUCGAGAAUAUGCAUGGCCUUGGGUGGACCUCGCAGAAUCAGCUCCCAGACCAUGGCUAUCCAUGAGCUUCGAGAAACUCGGUAUACUUUAUCGAUCUGCUACAUGUUUGAUAGAGCGCUUGCUCUGAGUAUGAACCGCUGCCUCUCUCUGCCCAGGUUUGACAUGAACCCCACGGAGCUGGUGCCCACUGAUGCAGAAAAGCCAUACACCUCACUCAUUCAAGUCUUUUUACAGCUGGCUGAGGUUCAGUCAGAUGUUGUACACCACGCGAAGACCAAGAAAACAAUGGAAAAUGUCGAAACUGUCCAAACAUUACAAGGCAAGAUGUGGAAGAUUAAAGAAACAGGUCAAAAGCAGCCUUUGCAUACCAAAGAAAAAUGUCUUCAGGCGGAGUGGAUGGGCGUUGAUUUCGUCUAUCAUUCCGUUAUGACAUCUAUCGUUAAGCUCCACCCGUAUCUUCUGGAUGAUGCCGGUUUAUAUCAGCAAUUGCUCGGCUACGCUCACUUUCACUUAUUUCGGGUUUCGGUGUCGUGGCUCAUUUUGUUAUAUCCUGUUUAUCCCUUCUUCGUCAUCUUCACACACACCGUCAACACCUCGAGUCUUCAAGACUACCGCUUGAUCACGCAGAUUACAACAAGCCUCCAGGAGUUUGCUGGCCAUAAUCCAGCUUUGAUGGGAGUCCAAAAGUUAUUUGAGGAGUUCGUUAAACUUUGCACCCCUAUCUUCGAUAGGAACAAGUCAAUUGAUGCCACAUCUCCGGCGCUCCCAGAAACAAGAGGUUCAUCACCACAUAGGACUGGGUCGCAAUUACACCAUAAUAGGAUGUCUCAAGGGCUUUCGGGUCCUCCUGAGAUAGGGUCAUUCACAUCUUUGAUACAGGACGCUCUAUCCAUCCCGGCAGCAGGGGAUCAUGUGGUCAGCGGAAUCACAUUUCCCGACUUGAGCACUCUGGAGGAGAACGAGUUACUAGCAGAGUUGUAUAGCACACAGCCAUCUAUAGGGUGGAUAGAUGGCAAUUGGUCUAUACAGUAAACUUGAGACACAACUGUAAAGGCUAAGAUCAAUCAAGAAACAUCCCUCCUGAUACAUUCAAACUGGUACCAUUGAUCCAGCUGGCUCUCUCUUCUGCCAGGAACGCAACAGCGAAAGCAACAUCUUCAGAUAAUCCGAUCCAAUCAUCUACCGGGGUCCUGGCAU